UUCAAAAGAUUUAGAAAAAAUAACAAAGAGGAGAGAAACUAAAUUAAAGACAAGGACAGAAAGAAAGAAAUAAAUAAAGAAAGAAAGAAAGAAAGAAAGAAAAUUCUCAUCAGGGAAUCUGUCCAGCAGGCUGAAGAGACUUAACUCUGCCCCUGAGUGAGUGAACUUAAACCAGCGUGACUGAGAACUUACUGGGAACACAGACUGGUUUCUACCCAAAGCAAAGGAGCUGUGAGGCACCAUGGCGGACAACUUGAACGAAGAGUCAGAUUAUGUUCCUGGGAAAGAUGAGCUGGACUGGGGCUACGAGGAAGGUAGGCUAGUCUCCUUAUGCACGUGAGGGGAUGGUGAGAGUUAGAGUCAGGGGGUGUGACAAGCCGGACCCUGAAAUAUGUUUCAAAGGACUCUGAACAUAGAACGCUUUAGAAAGUUUAAUUUUAUUUGUACCAUUUUUUUUUAGGUACGGUGUUGUAGUGUUGACCCAAACUGUUGCCUUCAUGUAUGCAUGGGUCAAAUUCAAAUAUCAUUUCAAGUUUGCACUGCCAUUGCAGCAUUCCCCACAGGUUUGUGUGUAUAACACGUAGAUCCCUUCUUUAAAUCACCUGUGAGGUCAUUAACUACGUUUAGCUACAGAAAAUGAGAAAUAUGACCCUUCUCAACUGUUGCGAAACCGUUGCCUUGCAAAAGUAUUCACACCUCUUGAACCUCUCCACAUUUUAUUUCAUAACAGCCACAAAUUAUGAAAUCAUUUUACUUGGGAUUUUUGACAACAAACCCAAAUCAUUGCAUAAUUGUAAAGUGGAAGGAAAGGGAUAUACAGUUUUUAAACAAGUUUACAAAUAAAAUGUGAAAAGUGUGGAGUGCAUUUGUUCAGCCCCCUUUAAUCUGAUACCCCUAAAUAAAAUCUGUUGGCAGGACAACUAUUAUGCACGUAUUCUACAAAUCUGGCCUUUUAGAAGGAUGACAAGAAGAAGGUCACUGUUGAAAGAAAGCCUUCAGAAGCCCUGCUUACGUUUUGCCACAAGCCAUAAGAUAAGAAUAAACAUCUUACAUGCAAAAUACCACCUUGAUUUUGCAUCUCAAAAACAAAUCAUCCUCACAGUGAAACAUGGUGGUGGCAGCAUUAUCCUGUGCGGACGUUUUUUUCAGCAUGGACAAGGAAACCUGUAGAGACACAUCCCAAACAACUUGCAUAAGGUGUAUCAACUCAGAGGGGGUGACAACAAAUAAACACUACACUUCUGACAUAUUUAUUUGUUAAAAAAUACCUAAAGCCAUGUAUCACUUAUCUUCCACCUCAACAUAUGUGCUACUUUGUGUUAUCUAGUCACACAAUCCCAACAUCACAAUAAUAUGCACUGACGUUUGCAGUUGUAACAUAAUAAAAUGUGAAAAAGCUCAAGGGGUAUGCAGUGCAAUGUAGCUACCAUUACUCUAACCAAACCUUUCUGUAGUGUUAAAGAAUACAAGGACAGUUAUAUAAUUCUAUCUACUUAACAUGCCUAGUUUUGAAGAGUCAUUAAAUAUAGUUUACUUAUAAGCAAACAGACAUUCAGCUAUUCUUGUCCUGUUUCACUUUGUCUUCCUUCUUUUGUUGCUUUUACUGAGCAUCCAAGGAUGAACUGUGAUGCAGUUCUGUGACUGUUCCUGUGUAGAAUGGGGACUCCAUUUCCCAACAGCCAACGGUGAGUACCAGUCUCCAAUUAAUCUCAACUCCAGGGAAGCUCAGUAUGACCCCUCCCUCCUGGAUGCUGGUUUAUCACCAAACUACGUGGUGUGUCGAGACUGUGAAGUCCUCAAUGACGGGCACACUGUCCGCAUCCUUCUCAAGUCCAAGUCAGUGGUUACUGGAGGUCCAUUGCCUAGUGAUCAUGAGUACGAGCUUCAUGAGGUUCGAUUCCACUGGGGCAAGGAGAACCAGAGAGGAUCAGAGCACACUGUCAACUUCAAGGCUUUCCCUAUGGAGCUCCAUCUGAUUCACUGGAACAGCACUCUCUUUAGCUCGUUAGAGGAUGCUCUGGGGAAGAAGAAUGGAAUCCUCAUUAUAGCACUAUUUGUCCAGAUUGGCAAAGAGCACCUGGGUCUAAAGGCCAUCACUGAAGUUCUACAAGACCUGCAGUACAAGGGGAAGAACAAGACUAUCCCAUGUUUUAACCCCAACACACUCUUACCUGACCCGCUGCUAAGAGACUACUGGGUGUACGAAGGAUCUCUGACCACGCCGCCUUGUAGUGAAAAAGUGACCUGGAUACUUUUCCGCUAUCCCCUCACCAUCUCACAGCUGCAGAUCGAGGAGUUUCGGAGGUUACGGUCACAUGUCAAGGGGGCGGAGCUACCCGAAGGAAACGAUGGGAUGCUGGGGGACAACUUCCGACCCACCCAGCCCCUCAGUGACAGGACGGUCCGUGCCGCCUUCCAGUGACUUUCGCCUUUCUGUACCAUCUCAGUAAAACUCUGAGACCUACAGAUACAAAAACAGAAGGAGGAGAGGAAAACAGAGGGGUAAAGAAAGGAGUGGAAACAGGAAGGAAGAGGGGAAAUUAGUGUGAUAACGGAUCCAAGAAAAACUGAACAUGGACAAAGAACCUUUUAGCAUCACACCUUCACUCCAUGCGUUGUGUGUGUCAGUGCAUGUGUAGGUGUAGUCUUCUUUUGUUACGUUUCUCUCUCCUGCCCUUAUUCUUGUUGUGAGUUUAUCAUCCUGAUCACGUGUGCAUUCGUUGUACAUUUGGUUUGGGUUUUAUUGUGUCUCCAUACUAAGUGUGUGCUGUGACUAAAUGAUAGGAGGCUUCCACAAUCCACCCAUCUCUGCUGUCACAACAGGAGGAAGCAUCACCGCACAUGUACCAACAGCCAAAAACACACACAGUGACACAGAUUCACACAUUCAAACUCCUCACUUACUUCAUGUUUUCGUACCUUCAUGUUUUCAUACACCUGCUUUAACUCAAAAUUCCCCUCUAACUCCCCAUUUCAUCUGCUUAAAACUGGAGUAUUAUCAUUCUAAUUAGGCCUUUAUUAAUAGAGUUAAAUCUAAAACAAACAGUUUUAAAGGAAAUCCAUUUGAGAAUAAAUGUCUUAAAGAAUUCUAUGUUCCAGCUCAAUUUCAGUCUUUCGGCUCAAUGAAUGGUUGUGAACAUCAUUAUAUAUUACUAGGUGGGAUAUCAUCUAUUAGCCACUAUAGAUAGGCGCCAUUGCUAUGCAUUGAGUCAACAAAACCAUGCUGUUCUGAUGUGGGAUGAGCAUGCAUCUGUCACAAAAACUGUGGAAGCACCCUUAUUUCCUAUUCUAUUUUUAUAAAAUAUGGCUCAAAUAAAGCUGAGAAAAUGACUGAUGUUAUGAUACCUAGAAAUAUGUACUCUCCCUGAACAUAAAUCUCUAAGCAAUGUGGGAAACCGGCAUUAUAGCGUUGAGAGGUAUACCUAAUGUGCUACAAAGAUCUCCAUGCUGUAAAUUGAUUCUUAAGAGCUCAAGCUGUAUAGUUGUGAUUAUUAUGUCACAUAUUUUUUUACUGAUAUAUUAAAAAGAGGGUUGACGUGACUCCUGUCACCUUGGGAGCACUAGGACAUUUGCCGGUUCAACCGGUACAAAAGGCUCAGUGUGGGUCAUGCUUGAUUUUUUGCGUCUCCCUCAUGUAUCUGACUCACUGAAGUUCCUAGACAGCCCUUCUUUUCUUUUCCUGUGGCUGCCUGUCGCAUCACUGCUGAGACACACACAGGUUACGUGUCCACCUCUAUAGCUUGUCAUAGGGAGGGGGAGAGACAUCCGAAGAGGAAAGGAGUAGUUGUGAGGGACAGAAGGAAAAAGAAACAAGCACUGGCCGCCGAUGCAGCAAAGUGCUGUAAAUUAAUAUUUAUUUGUAUGGCGAGCAGGUAACACGUAAACAGAAACAAAAUGCUGGCAUUGCCUAUUUUAGCCUGAUGCUAAAAAAUCCAUGAAUUCGGUAUACCAUUCCCACACUCUCCUAAUAAACUACUGUAUGAAAUCCAUGCAUUAUAUUAUUUUAUUUAAUCUUUAUUUAACUGGGUAAAAUGUUUGUUUUAGUAUUUUAUACACUCUACUACUUUUCAUGGCAUACCUGUGUACAUUGCUUAUUUUUCCAAGAAUUUCUUGACCAAUUACGUGUCCUGUCCAUUAUAUCUCAAUUACCUUCAAGACAAACUGUCAAAGCAAUAUGAACUUCAUAGAACUUCAUUGGCCUUUGAAAAGAACCAGUUUUGUGUAAUUCUGGCUCUGCUUCUGCUUCUUCAGCUACCCUGCUUCAAUGCAUAGCAAUUGCGCAUGUUUCCAAUCCAGUAAUAUUGAUGGUUGUGAAUAUAUCUCCACACCCUCAGCAGAUUUCACACUAAAUUAUUCAGUUCAAGACCACUUUCAUCUUUUUGCCAUUUUUAAAAGACAAGUGAAACAAAAACAACGCUUUUAAAUGACUGUGAGGCUACCAUAUGUAUGUAGUUAUUUUAAGGCAUUGUUCAAAUUGAGCUUGUAUUAUUUAUGGGGAGGAUGACUAUGACUGCAAAGAAACGAUAAACUUACUAAAAGUCCGCACAUAGCCCUGCCCCGACCCUCAAAAACACAUCUUGCUCUCAGCAUGCUAUUCACAAAGCAAAUACAUCAAAUGACAUGCAGGUGAAAAUUUGCCAAUCAAGUUAAACACGAUUGAACAAUAUGAUUCUCUGUCAUUAACACAGAAGAUAAAGGUGAAGAGAUAUAGGUAAAUAUUUCCUCACAGCGAGCUUCAGGUGCUGAUAUCAAGGCACCCCUCAAAACUGUAGCAACUACGUUUGACUGUUUCAGGAAGGAAUCAGAUUUUUAAUCAGAUUUGAUAUUUCUAAAUCAAUAACUGGAUUAGAUGUUCUUAAUGCAUAACUGCAAAUUGUAAAAACAGAUGAAUACUUUCUUUCACUGAUUAACUAAAAGAUAGAAAACAUGUUAAAAUUACAUCAGAUUGUACAACUAUUAUUGGAGUUUAUAUGAAUAUUUACUGCACUAGUUUGUGAUUUAUUGUCAGAAUAAAAAUGGAACCCCUAUG